AUGAAUGCGCGUAAAGACCGCGCGCCGGAAUUGUUUCGUGAAAGCAUCUCCCUCACGAUCUCACGUGUGGAGUCCGUUGCGGCGAAGCCCUACGUGGGGCGCGCCGGGGCAGCGGCCGCGGCGCCCCCUCCCCGUCCCCCUCCCCUCCCCGCCCCGCCCCCUCCUCUCCGCCCCGGAGCUCCCUUUGGAAAGCAGACCGACCAGUUCCCUAUA